AUGGAAGGAGAUGAAGAUGACGGGCCACCGAUGCUGGUCGAGGCGAAUGGAAGCCUUGAUCCUGCAGGAGAGAGGCUGAAUGGUAGCAUCGAAGAUGUCAAGCCCAUCAAAGUCCCCAUUACAAUCAUCACAGGCUACCUAGGAGCCGGCAAAACCACCCUGCUCAACUACAUCCUAACAGCCCGGCACGGCAAGAAAAUCGCCGUCAUCCUCAACGAAUUCGGCAACACCGCCAACAUCCCCGAGGUGAAGAAAUCGCUCACGGUAAACGAAGGCGCCGACGCCGCGACCGAAUGGCUCGACCUCGCCAACGGCUGCAUCUGCUGCUCCGUCAAGGACUCCGGCGUGAACGCUAUCGAAGCCCUCAUGGAGCGCCGCGGGGCCUUUGAUUACAUUCUACUGGAGACGACGGGGCUGGCGGAUCCGGGGAAUUUGGCGCCGCUGUUUUGGGUGGAUGAGGGUUUGGGGAGUACGAUUUAUUUGGAUGGGAUUGUGACGCUCGUUGAUGCGAAGAAUGUGGUGAGGUGUUUGGAUGAGCCGGUGGGGGAGGAGGUUGCUGAGGAGCACGCGCAUGGGGAGCAGGCGUUGCUGUCGAUUGCGCAUUUGCAGAUCAGUCAUGCGGAUGUGGUGGUGAUGAAUAAGGCGGAUUUGGUGGAUGAAGAGGAAUUGAGGGCGGCGGAGCAAAGGGUCAGAUCGAUCAAUGCGCUUGCAAAGGUGGUGAUUACAGAUCACAGCAAGGUCCCGCAACUGGAGGGCGUGGUGUUGGACCUGCACGCGUAUGACAAUGUCACGGCCGAGGAUCUCGAUUUCGCGAGCAAGGGUCACAGCCAUUUGGAUCCGGCCAUUGGAAGCGUCAGCUUGUCAUUUGGGCGGUUGCGGGAUGUCGAUAGACUGGAUAAAUGGCUGCGCUCCGUGCUUUGGGAGGGACAGAUACCUGGGGCGGGGAAGCAGCUUGAUGGGGAGAUCUAUCGAAUCAAAGGCCGCAUACCGCUAAUCACCGGAGAGUUGAAGAUGCUGCAAGGUGUUCGUGAGAUUUUCGAAUUGAUCGACGCCGUCGACUCGGGCGAGGGAGAGGUCGAGGAGGGCAAGAUUGUCAUUAUUGGCCGGAACAUCGCCGACGCAGCAACGACCGCCGCCUUUCAAAGCAGUCUCGACAAAUCUCUCGCUGCAUGA